CCCGGCGAGAGCGCGGCAUCGAGGAGGGGCGCCUCCCGGGAGGCCAUGUCCACGGGCUCCCUGAGCGAUGCCGAGGGGGAGAUGCUGGCCUGCGAGGAGGAAGAGGAGGAGGAGGAGGAGGAAGAGGAGGAGGAGGGGGCCCUGAAGGCCAGGCAGCCCCCUGCGGCCCCUCUGCCUCCCCCUCCGGCUGCUCCCCCCGGCAAAGCGGCGGCGGCGGCGGGGGGCAAGGCGCGGAGGAAGGCUUCCUCGGGGUCCGGCAAGCGGGGCGGCGCGCACUUGGGGGGCGCUGCGGAGGGCAAGCAGGUCCAGCGGCACGCCGCCAACGCCCGGGAGCGGGCCCGCAUGCGGGUGCUGAGCAAGGCCUUCUCCCGGCUCAAGACCACGCUGCCCUGGGUGCCCCCCGACACCAAGCUCUCCAAGCUGGACACCCUCCGCCUGGCCUCCAGCUACAUCGCCCACCUCCGCCAGAUCCUGGCCAGCGACAAGUACGAGAACGGGUACAGUCACCCCGUCAACCUGACUUGGCCCUUCAUGGUUGCUGGCAAACCAGAGAAUGAGCUGAAAGAAGCAGUGAACACUGCCCGGUUGUGUGGUCCCACAGCAUCCUGACCCAGGAUUUUUAAACAUAGGAAAGCCAGCCAUCUGUGUAUAUGUGCAGGUGUUUCUGCAUGCCUAUGUACUGGCGUGUAUGUAUGAAGGGGGGCAGUCAGGAAACAAACAACAAGAUUGCUUUCCCACGAAAGAA